AUGGUGAGGAGGUUAACCCACAAACGCUGGUCAGCAUCCCUCCUGUGGAAACCAAUUCCCUCAACAAAGAAAGUUGCUGGCUCAAAAUCCCAGAAGAAGAAGGUUAACCCACAAACUGUUGACCCUGAAACAGGCAGGGUAAAGCUUAGUGUCCGGAGGAUUCCUUCUUUAAACCUUGACAAUGUCUCGACUCAAUCCACUUCUGAAACUGAGAAACCAAGACGUAACCUUCGGAAAGUCUCGAGUCAUCCAGCAGAUUCAGUGCAGGAACAUCCGCAAAAUGAGCUUGAGAAGGUCAAACGCAGUCUGAGAAAGGUUCACAACCCUAAUACGGAGGGCACCAUUCAGUCUGAGGCUGACAGUGAGAAGCCAAAGUAUGGUCUUGAAAAGGUUUUGAGCUUUUCAGAUCAAAAUACUGCAGAGGAGAACAUCAGUGACUCCGGUGAGAAGAUAAAGAAAGGAACAACUGUCACUGUGUCCAAACUGCCUGAUAUAGAAGCAACUCUAGAACCACCAGUGGUGAGUGAGGCAAUUGAUUUGUUAUGUGAUGAUCAAACUGCAAUAGAAUCCCAGCCUCCAGAAAAUAGUGGAAAACAUGAGGGUAUUCCUGUGACAAAUGGAGAGUUAAGAUCUAGGGAAGAUAUAACUGUCAAUGAGAGUCAGAAAUCUGCCCGGACGGCUUCUUCUGCAGCAAAGCAGGAACGUACGAAGAAUGGGGUACAAAACAGACCUGCAGUGCCAAGUUAUAUGGCAGCAACUGAAUCUGCAAAAGCAAAACUGAAAGCACAAGGCUCGCCAAGGUUGGACCAAGAUGGAAUUGAGAAUCAGAAUCUCAGUAGGCGUCAUUCUUUGCCAGCUUCAACUAACAAGAAAACAAAUUCGCCGUCGCCAAGGGCACAGAGACCCAUACAGUCGGGUGGAAAAGGUGGAAACAAAAGCGAUAGAUCUAUGUUGUCAUCUAGAGAUGGAAAUGGUAAGAAAUGGAAGAACUCAAAUCUUAAUUUUUUUUUUUUAAUAUUUUUUAUCUUCCCAUGCACAAUUUUAAAGAAGCCCUCUAAGUUGGGGCCUAGAGGUGGUGUUGCAAAGAAGCCGGCUUACAAGCCACCGGAACCAAAUAAUCGGUUCUUUAGGAAGUGCUAUAACUGUGGUAGCAAUAGGCAUCGGGCUAGUGACUGCCACAAGCAAAAGAAGUCAUACAAGACUAAACCUCGUGCUCAUAUGGCAGAUUUACAAGUGCACUCCCAUGAGGAGGAGGAUAUGCACUUGUCUGCCGUUGUCUCUGAGGUGAAUCUGGUGAUGAUCAAACUGAGGUUUUAG